AUGUCGACUGGUCCUAAUUGGUGGGUCAAAAUUGGUGACUUUGGUUUCAGCAAACAGUUCGAUAAGAAUGUCUCGGUGCCAGGCAUCAUGCCGCUAGCUAAGCCCGAUUUCGCAGAUAGAGUCGAUAUAUGGUCGUUAGGUGCAAUGACGCUUUUUAUGCUCUUCCAAAAGCAUCCAUUUCCAGACCCUCAUAGCUUAGGGUUAUAUACCAAGAGCUUGAGCGCCCCAUCAACAAUGCCCUUAUCAGAUUCUAUCAGUCAGGAUACCAUACACACUUCAAACAGUCUGUCAGCGGCUGGUGCUGAAAAGCGGGUGUCUACUGGAAAGACCCUUGAGGGCGCUUGGCUAAAACACCAUUGGAGGUUCACGAUUCACCAAUGCUUCAAUCAAUGCGUUAAUAACAAUUUAUGA